AUGAGCCAAUCUAUGCUAACCAGCCCAGACCGGCUGCGUAAGAUUGACCAGCUUCGUGAGAGAAACAUUGCUACUUACCUUGCCCUACCCCAAUUGGUUGCCGUCGGAGAUCAAAGUUCUGGGAAGUCAUCACUCCUAGAAAAUCUGACUGGAAUACCAUUUCCGCGUGGUCAAGAGCUUUGCACUCGUUAUGCAACCCAGAUCACUCACCGUCGCGAUGCUAUAUCUCGUAUUACUAUUGGUAUCAUUCCAGGACCAACGGCCACAGCAGAGCAUAAAGAGAAACUCCAUGGUUUUACUAAAGAGGUGUGCACGGCUGAUCAGCUCCACGCCGAGUUCCCGGAUAUUUUAAUUGAGGUGAACACACUUAUGGGGAUCAAAACGCCCAGAAACCCUGGCGGUAUUAAGACGUUUACUGAAGACGUGUUGAAAAUCGAGAGAUGUGGACCAGAUGAAGAUUAUCUGACAGUCAUCGACGUUCCUGGAAUCUUUCGUAUCACCACCCAAGGAGUCACUACAGAUAAAGAUCGCCAGUUAGUCGAAAGAAUGGUCAAGAAUUACAUUCGCGACAGCCGCACAGUAAUUCUGGCUGUUCUUCCAUGUAACGUCGAUAUUGCCACUCAGGAAAUUCUCGCCUUUGCUGAAGACGUCGACCCAACUGGUGAGCGUACGCUUGGUAUUCUUACCAAGCCCGAUCUUCUCAAAGAACGCAGUGCGAAAGCCGUUGUCUGCGACUUAGUCCUGGGUAAACGACGGCCUCUUACCCUUGGUUACUAUGUCGUUAGGAGCCGAGGUGGCGACGAGGAAGAUUCUAAUGCGGAUGCCGACUUGCUGCAACGUGAAGACAUGUUCGAAGAUGAGCCUUGGACGUCUCUGCCAGACCACAAGACCGGGGUCAAGGCUCUUCGGGAAUGUUUACAAGAGCUUCUCGGUCAGAUCGCUGACAAGGCAUUUCCUAAACUUCGAUCCGAGACGCGUCGCAAGCUCAUUGAGAAGCAAGAAGAGCUAGCGAGUCUUGGACCUCCACGCCAGACAGAAAGACAACAGCAACAGUUUCUAGUCAGCGUUGCGAGCAAGUUCCAGAACAUUGUGAGAGCGGCAUUGGAUGCUGACUACUCAACACACCAAGCAUUCGAAGAUGACAACUUACGUCUCAUCACGGAGGUUGUUAACACGACAGAUGAAUUUGCUGUCGACUUCGAAGCCUGUGCGCACACCUACAGUUUUGAAGCGAUAAAUCGGACGAAGCUUUUCUCUCAUGAAGUUCCUCGACCAACUUUCUCUAAUUUCGAAGAUGAGGAGGAAGAGGAUAUUGAUGAUGAGCCACCUACUCGCUUUGAUCUGAACUUGUUUCCCGAUCUAGAGGGCAUCAUAACAAAAGACUGGAUUUCACGUCAACCAUCGAUAGGAAUCAUGCCUUGGAUCACUCAAAUGCAUCGACGUUCUCGAGGUGUCGAACUAGGUACUUUCGGGCCACGAGUUCUAUCCAGCGCCUUUCAAGAACAGUCUAUUUACUGGCAGAAGAUGGCAACACAGUACUUGAGUAAAGUCAUCUUAUCCGUCCACAAGUUCAUACUGGGAGCCCUCAGGAAAAUCUGUUAUGAAACUCAUAUUCUCGAUGAGCUCAUAUCUGGCUUGACGCCUGAUCUCCUUGCCAAAUAUCAGGAUGGUAUGAACCGAGCCAUUCACUUGGUUCAUAUCGAGAGACACAAAAAGCCCUACACGCUUAACCAUUAUUUCAACGAGAACUUACAGAAAGCACGGAACGACCGAAUUAAUAAAGCUCUGAAAAAAAAGUCAUGGAGCGAUAAAGAUACUGCGCAGCAAGUUGUUAAGCUUGAUGAUAUCUCAUCAGUGGUAAACAACCAAAGCAAUUCCCAGCAUACAGCAGAAGAGAUACACGAUAUUCUCCAGGCCUACUAUAAAGUGGCCCGUAAGCGCUUUGUCGAUAACAUCUACCACCAGGCCGUUGAUCACUGCUUGCUUUCAGGCCCAUCAAGUCCUCUGAUUCUAUUUUGUGAACAGUGGGUGCUGGAUUUGAGUGAUGAGAAGCUACAAUCGAUUGCGAGUGAGUCCCGCGCGACUCAGGAAAAGCGUCAAACCCUGCAGACAGCGCUGCAGGAUUUAGCACAAGCUAUUGAGAUUUUAGGUUAA